AUGGUUGAUCUUGUUAAAGUCCCUAUUCUGGGGAAAGACAUCAUCCACGUCGGAUACAACAUCCAUACUCACAUCGUGGAAAGCAUACUAGCUAGCUGCAAAUCUUCCACUUAUGUGAUUAUAAAUGACACCAAUUUAAGCAAGAUUCCAUAUUAUAAGGCUCUUCUUGUUGAAUUCCAGUCAAACCUGCCCAAGGAAUCUCGUCUUUUAAAGUACCAAGUGAAACCAGGAGAAGCCAAUAAAAACAGAGAAACAAAGGCUGCAAUUGAAGAUUAUUUAUUAAAGCAAGGCUGUACUCGUGAUACAGUCAUAAUUGCCAUUGGAGGUGGUAUCAUUGGUGAUAUGAUUGGGUUUGUCGCGGCUACUUUUAUGAGAGGUGUUCGUGUCGUUCAGGUCCCAACUUCCUUACUGGCUAUGGUGGAUUCCUCCAUAGGUGGGAAGACUGCAGUGGAUACUCCAUUGGGAAAGAAUUUUAUUGGUGCCUUCUGGCAACCAGAAUUUGUAAUGGUCGAUAUCAUGUGGUUGAAAACUUUACCAAAGAGAGAAUUUAUUAACGGGAUGGCUGAAGUUAUUAAGACAGCUUGUAUAUGGAAUAGUGAUGAAUUUUCCAGAUUAGAAUCUAAUGCCCUACAAUUUCUAAGUGUGGUCAAUGCAGCUCUGUUAACAGAAGAAGGAAUCUAUGACACUGACAUCGAAUCUAUCUUGGAUCACAUUUAUAAGUUAGUAUUAGAAAGUAUUAAAGUGAAAGCUGAAGUGGUUUCAUCUGAUGAAAGGGAAUCCAGUUUGAGAAACUUAUUAAAUUUUGGUCAUACCAUUGGACAUGCUUACGAAGCCAUCUUGACUCCACAGGCAUUACAUGGUGAAUGUGUAUCAAUUGGUAUGGUUAAGGAAGCCGAACUAUCCCGUUAUAUGGGUAUAUUGUCUGCAACACAAGUAGCUCGUUUAUCAAAGAUUUUAGUAGCUUACGGAUUACCAGUCGACCCAGAAGAAAGAUGGUUCAUGGAUUUGACAUUACACAAGAAGACACCACUGACUACUUUACUAGAUAAAAUGAGUAUCGAUAAGAAAAACGAUGGCUCUAAGAAGAAAGUAGUACUUUUGGAAAGUAUUGGAAAAUGUUAUGGAACAUCUGCUCAUUUUGUUACUGAUGAGGAUCUACGAUUUGUUCUCACAGAUGAAACUUUGGUAUCGCCUUUCCAAACAAAGGUUACUGAAAGCCCAAUUAUUGUUACACCACCAGGCUCAAAAUCUAUUUCUAAUCGUGCGUUAAUCUUGGCUGCAUUAGGUGAAGGUAAAUGUAAGAUUAAAAACUUAUUACACUCUGAUGAUACUAAACAUAUGUUAAGUGCUGUUCAAGAUCUCCAAGGAGCUACAAUUACAUGGGAAGACAAUGGUGAAACAGUCGUGGUAGAAGGCCAUGGUGGUAAAACCUUAUCUGCAUGUAGUAAUGAGUUAUAUUUGGGUAAUGCCGGUACAGCUUCACGAUUUUUAACUUCUCUUGCUGCUUUGGUGAAAUCAUCAAACAAUCAAGAUUAUGUCAUAUUGACCGGUAAUGCAAGAAUGCAACAACGACCAAUCGGCCCAUUGGUAGACUCCUUACGUGCUAAUGGUACUAAGAUAGAUUAUGUGAAGUCAGAAGGUUGUCUCCCAUUAAAGGUGUACACUGACUCUGUCUUCAAGGGUGGAAGAAUUGAAUUAGCUGCAACAGUCUCUUCUCAAUAUGUUUCGUCUAUACUAAUGUGUGCACCUUAUGCACAAGAACCUGUCACUCUGGCUUUGGUCGGAGGGAAGCCUAUUUCUAUACUAUACGUUGACAUGACCAUUAAGAUGAUGGAAAAAUUUGGUAUCAAGGUUGAAAAAUCUACAACGGAACAAUACACCUACCAUAUUGCAAAGGGCCACUACAUUAACCCACAAGAAUACGUUAUUGAAAGUGACGCAUCAAGUGCUACUUAUCCCUUGGCCUUUGCUGCAAUGACAGGUACUACUGUCACCGUUCCAAAUAUUGGUUCGACUUCCCUUCAAGGUGAUGCAAGAUUUGCACCAGAUGUCUUAAAACCAAUGGGUUGUAAAGUUGAACAGUCUGCAACCUCUACAACCGUGACAGGUCCACCAAUUGGUUCCUUAAAACCCUUACCUCAUGUAGACAUGGAACCAAUGACAGAUGCUUUUUUAACUGCAUGUGUCGUUGCUUCUAUUGCACAUGACGAUGAUCCAAACUCCAAUAAUAUAACCACAAUUGAAGGUAUUGCAAAUCAACGUGUUAAGGAAUGUAACAGAAUUGAAGCCAUGGCUACACAAUUGGCUAAAUUUGGAGUAUCUACAAAAGAGCUACCAGACGGGAUCCAAGUUUAUGGACUAAAUUCCUUAAAUGAACUGAAAACACCAAUAGAUGGCAUUUACACAUAUGAUGAUCAUCGUGUGGCGAUGAGCUUUUCUCUUUUGGCUGGAAUGGUGAACAAUUCAACUAAGAAACCAGUCAGAAUAUUGGAAAGACACUGCACUGGAAAAACAUGGCCAGGAUGGUGGGAUAUAUUACACACCAAAUUGGGGGCCGAAUUAGAUGGUGCCGAACCUUCAAAGAGUAAUUCCUAUGAAAUUGUGAAAAAAAGUGUAGUUUUGAUUGGUAUGAGGGCAGCCGGUAAGACAACAAUUAGUAAAUGGUGUGCAGCAGCAUUAGGUUACAAAUGGGUUGAUCUUGAUGAUCUCUUUGAAGAACAAUACAAAAAGGGUACCAUCAAAGAUUUUGUUGCCGAACAUGGAUGGGAUAAAUUCCGCCAAGAAGAAACCAGGAUUUUUAAGGAGGUAAUUGAUCAUUACGGAGAUGAUGGCUAUGUUUUCUCGACAGGAGGAGGAUUGGUUGAAACACCAGAAGCUCGUGUAUACCUGAAAAAAUUUGCAUCUACAGGAGGUAUUGUCUUGCAUCUUCAUAGAGACAUCGAAGAGACUAUUGUGUUUUUGCAAAGUGAUCCUACCAGACCAGCAUUUGUAGAAGAAAUCAGACAAGUUUGGAAUAGAAGAGAGGCAUGGUACAAAGAUUGUUCAAAUUACACAUUUUUUGCACCUCAUUGUUCUAACGAAGUCUCUUUCCAGAAUUUAAGAAGAUCCUUCGGUAAAUUCAUUGCAUUUAUUGCUGGGAAGAGAACAGUCGAUAUUCCAACAAAGAGAUCAUCUUUUGUCUGCUUAACAUUUGACGAUCUUUCUGAUCAUGAGGACAAUCUAACACCAAUAACAUAUGGUUGUGAUGCGGUCGAAGUUAGAAUUGAUCAUCUCGCUCACUAUGAUUCAGAUUUUAUUAACACACAGUUGGCCAUAUUACGUACCGCUACUAACAGCUUACCUAUCAUCUUUACCAUAAGAACAAAGAAGCAAGGUGGCAACUUCCCUGAUAAUGAUUACGAUGCCAUGGAUGAGUUAUAUUCCACAGCUUUGAAAUCUGGUGUUGAAUACAUUGACUUGGAAUUGACCUUACCAACAAGUAUACAAUAUAAGGUGUUGAAUAAUAAGGGUUACACAAAGAUUAUCGGUUCACAUCAUGAUUUCGCAGCUAGUUAUUCUUGGGAUGACCCUGAAUGGGAAAAUAGAUAUAACCAGGCACUAUCUUUAGAUGUUGAUGUUGUGAAGUUCGUUGGUACUGCUACUGAAUUCAAAGAUAACUUAAUGUUGGAAAACUUUAGGAAUUGCCAUCAAGCCAAACCAUUAAUUGCUAUAAACAUGACUGAACUGGGUAAGGUAUCUCGUGUUUUAAACACAAUAUUAACACCAAUUACUUCUGAAUUACUUCCAAAUGCUUCUGCUCCAGGUCAGUUAUCCUUGAGACAAAUAAACGAGAUUUAUACUUCCAUGGGUGGUUUCAUUUCAAAGGAUUUUUACGUUGUUGGCAGUCCAAUUGGUCACUCUAGAUCCCCUGUUUUACACAAUACAGGUUACAAAUUGUUGGGCUUACCUAACAAUUUCGAUAAGUUUGAAACUGAUUCUGCUGAAGAAGUAAACAAAAAACUAUUACUUGGAAAAUCAAAUUUGGGUGGUUUAGCAGUUACUAUUCCAUUAAAAUUAGACAUAAUGAGAUAUAUGACUGAAUUGACUGAAGCUGCUGAACAUAUUGGUGCUGUUAAUACUGUUAUUCCAUUAGGUCACGGCAAGUUCAAGGGUGAUAACACAGAUUGGUUAGGUAUUAGAAAUUCUCUAAUCGCUAAUGGGGUCCCUGAGUCAGUCAGAGGCUCAGCCGGUUUAAUUAUUGGUGCUGGUGGUACUUCAAGAGCGGCUAUUUUUGCCUUACACAAGAUGGGAUGCUCCAAGAUAUUUAUGAUUAACAGAACUACUUCAAAGCUGGAAGAACUUAAAAAGGAUUUCCCAGAAAAGUACAAUAUUGUGGCCGUCAAUUCGAUUGAACAAGCUGAACAAGAUAAGGAACCUAUUGGUGUUGCAGUAAGUUGCGUACCGGCAGAUAAACCAUUGGACGAAGUUUUGCUAAGUAAACUAGAAAGAUUCUUAAGUAAGGGUUUGAAAUCUGGUUUCCGCCCAACCUUAUUGGAGGCAGCCUACAAACCAGCAGUUACCCCAAUCAUGAGACUUGCCAAGGAUAAAUAUGAAUGGCAAGUUGUUCCAGGUGCCCAAAUGUUAGUUAACCAAGGUGUUGCUCAAUUCGAGAUUUGGACAGGAUUUAAGGCACCAUACAGGGCUAUCUUUAAUGCAGUUACUCAAGAUUAA